CGUCAAUUGACUUCCGUUAUAGAGUGUGACCGCUUCCGUGUUGAUCCACGUUUUUCACAGGAGGUGCAAGUAUUCGCUGAUAAAAGUUGUUUUUAAAUACUCAAGAUGAGGCCACUAACAGACGAAGAGACUAAAACGAUGUUUGAGAAGCUGUCAAAAUACAUCGGAGAAAACAUAAAACUUCUAGUGGACCGACCUGACGGUACCUACUGUUUCAGGCUACACAAUGACCGUGUGUACUACAUGAGUGAGAAAAUUCUUAAGUUGGCCACAAACAUUUCCCGGGACAAGCUCGUGUCAGUGGGAACAUGUUUUGGAAAGUUCACAAAAACCACUAAGUUCCGUCUGCACAUCACAGCUCUGGAUUUCCUGGCGCCCUAUGCAAAGUUCAAGGUGUGGGUGAAACCUGGAGCAGAGCAGUCUUUCCUCUAUGGGAACCAUGUGCUCAAAUCUGGGCUUGGGAGAAUCACUGAGAACACUAUGCAGUAUCAAGGAGUUGUGGUCUACUCCAUGGCUGAUGUGCCCCUGGGGUUUGGAGUGGCAGCCAAGUCUACCCAGGAGUGUCGGCGAGUGGACCCCAUGUCCAUUGUAGUGUUCCACCAGGCCGAUGUGGGGGAGUUCAUUAGGAAUGAAGACACAUUAACAUAAAAGAUGCAUCAACAGCGGGACUGUCAAAUGCCCCUUUUCUUAACCCAUUUCAUACACAGUAACAUUCACUGAAAUUCACACCCAGAACAGCUGCUGCUCUUUUAACAGAAGUGGUGGGAUUUAAAUGCCUUGUUCAAGGGUACCUUAAUGGCAGAUAUUUCCAAUGAACAAUCUAGGGACUGAAAUAGACCUCUCUAUUGACUCACUUUGGGAUAUGCUAAUCUGCCAGCUACAGGAUUCCUUUGUCACAGAGCCUCCUGAUACUCCUUCAUUAAGUCAAAUCUUGUCAAAAAGGGGAAUGCUUGUUUUUUUUUUUUUUUGUAAAUGUCAUCUUUCAAAUAAAUUCUUAAUGUGUUUGUAUUUA